AUGCAAAUGCGCAAGGCUCGAGGGAUCUCAACAUCAUCACAGACACCAGAUCUUACACAGUUCUUUAAGAAAAAUGGAGGUGUUCUAUGUUCUCAGUUAUAUAUGUUCUCAAUUUCUUUAGCAGCUUUAUUAUAUGAGAAGCAUUCCAAAACACUUGGAAAUGGUCCGUUCAGGACAUUCGGCCUCUACUGGUGCUACCAUUGUCAUCGUACGGUUAGGAUUGCAUCCUCUAACCCUUCAGAGAUAGCUUGGCCUCGAUGCUUGAGACAAUUCGUCGUUGAGAUUGAGAUGAGACGGCCACUAGCUGCUUUUCCUCCUUUUGAUGCUUCUCCCGAGACUCCUCUCCUUGAAGCUCUAUCUCUUAUGUUUGACUCUCCAGCAUUGACAAUGAUAAAAAUGGCGGUUUACCUCCACCAAGAAGAACAUACGUAG